ACGCCACACUACAGUAAGGGAAGAAGAAACGGCGUUAAAGAAUGAGGAAGUAAAUAACAUUUACUGGCGCUGAGUCAACGGAAAAGCCGGAGUGUGGUAUUUUUAUGUGACUAGUUGUACCAACUUAGACAGCUCUUAAAUUAUGUUUUGCAAAACGAACCUGUUUUGACAAGUGUUAUAGCUGUCUUAUAGCCAUGUAGCUAGUUAGCUACAAAUACAGCUACUGUUGUGGACGAAGAGGUUCGGGUUUCAGUAACUUGCCUUAUUAACCCUCUGGGUAUUCUCAAUGACAACUUGGUUAGCUAGCCAACGUUAGUUAGUCAAAGAAAAUCAGGUUUCCACAACCGAUAAUUCGAGAGUGGAGCUACAUAAUGGCAUACUGCGACAAGACAGGUGAUCUUCCCUCAGCUUCUCUAAGCAAUGAGGACAAUCGUAAUGGACAUGACCCGUUGACAGAUAAGCACCCGACUCCACACUCCAAAGGAAAUGCGAACGAUUGCUGUGCCACUGAAGAAGCCCGAACAGUGUCUGUCCCUCAUGGGUUGUGUGUAAAGAAGAAAAAGCUUGUCCUUCACAUUGACCUCAAUAACACCAUCUUGGUGUCUGAUGCUGUGACAAGUCAAGGAACUAUUGCAGCUUUGGAUUACUUUAUUUCCACAGUGACAUGGGGACAAAUGAGUAAACAAGGUAAAUGGAUGUGGAUGAGUGACUCACCUUCCCUACUUCCACCAUGUGAGGGCGCUGUCAGCUACUACUCCCAGUUUGGCCGGGUGGCAGGCUUCACCAGCUCCACUGCAGGUCGGCGAUUCCGGGGCGUGCUGGAUGAGCACCUGGCGAUGCUGCGAUGGCCGAAGGAGCUGAAGGGGGACAAGGAGCUGGCUGUGAAGGGGGAGGAUGGACAGCUGUACCACUGGAUCUUGCCCUCCUUCUUCCAGCUACUGAAAGACCUGGUGGCAGAAGGGAGGGACUUUGCUAUCCUGUUCCGCACUUUUGGCUCUGACCUUCCCCGUGUGCUGUCUGCAGUGUCCCGUGCCCUCACUCAGGGCUCCCACCCACUCUUCCCUGACCUUCCAGCACUUAAGCUGAGUGUGAAUGAGACGCCAGGCCAGAUCCGCUGCAGUAAGAAGGGGGCGGUCCUGACCCGGGCAGAGGAGCGUCUGUCGACCCGUGACGGGGAGCGAGCCCUGUACCAGUACCUCAGCUCUGUCCAGUGCCUGGGGGGCUUCCAGGACCAUUUUGACUGGUGGGCCAAGAACACCUACUCCAUCCUGGGAGGGAAACCUCUGUGGGUGGACCCCUUCGACCAGAAUGUCCAGCACAUCUUCAUCGAUGACAACAUUCGACAGAAUGACAAAGACACCAUUGUCCACCCAAAGGUGUUUCUGGACCGAGACGGCUCAGGAACCCGCACAGCCUCCACCUCAGAGCUGUAUGACCUCUGUCUGGUCCAGAACGACCUGCUCAGGGCCAUCUCAGACCCAGAGUACUUCACCCAGCGCAUCAGCAUCUGCCAGGAUAACUAUGACAGGAACCUUCAGCAGGGGGCAGGCUAGAGUGGUUUGUCUGUAGCCCAGAGGUCCAGGGUGAGAAGGGGUUGGGAGAACUCAGGUCUGUAGACUGGAGGUGGAAGGUAAAAGGGAGCUCCUGUAGUUGCUCCAACUCGUCCUCUAAGGUCAAUAUUCUCAGGGUGUGUGACACUGGCAACCAAUAUAUUGCAUAUGUAGAAGGCAUUAUUUUGUAGUAUUAUUUUGCUGCUGUUUUUAAAUUAUAAUAUAUAUUUAAAAAAAAAAAAAUUGGUAAUUGAUAUAAAGACAUUGUUUACGUGCACCAAAAUUUGUUCAGAAAAGACUUGAAUGGUCAUACUUGAAUGUUUCUAAUAUUACAAAGAGAGAGAGAGCUGCAUGGUUGAGCAGUAAGACUAACUGUUACAACUUAAAUCAUACUCUAGUCUACAGACAAAUUACUUUAAUAUUAACCACAAUUAGUGUUACUGUUUGACUAUUUAUCAUGGCAAAACAAUGGAUGAGUUUGACCUAAUAUCAUUUGGGUUUAUGUGGUUUGGAGUUUAUUUGCACUGAAAAUGACUUUACUUUCUUUGGAAGCGCUCUCAUGUGGGGAAAAAGUAUAUAUCCAGGGAAUGUGUGUCACGCUUUCUCUUGAAGGUUUGUCAUAGUGGUGGAUGAGGUGAGCGGCCCCGUUACAAUGUAAAGCUCUUUGGGUGUCUAGAAAAGCGCUAUACACCGACUGUACAAAACAUUAAGGACGCCUUCCUUCGGGGCAUGGACUCUACAAUGUGUCAAAAGUGUUCCACAGGAAUGCUGGCCCAUGUUGACGCCAAUGCUUCCCACAGUUGUGUCAAAUUGUCUGGAUGUCCUUUGGGUGGUGGACCAUUCUUGAUACUCACGAGAAACUGUUGAGUUUGGAAAACCCCAGCAGCGUUGCAGUUCUUGGCCCAAACCGGUGCGCCUGACAUCUAAUACCAUACCCCGUUCAUAGGCACUUCAAUCUUUUGUCUUGCCCGUUCACCACCCUCUGAAUGGCACACAUACACAAUCCAUGUCUCAAUUGUCUCGAGGCUUAAAAAUUAUUCUUUAACCUAAGUUACAUCAAUAAGGGAUCUUAUCAUUCACCUGGUCAGUCUCUCAUUGAAAGAGCAGGUGUCCUUAAUGUUUUUUACUCAGUAUAUAAGUCGAAUCAAUGAUUAGUAUUAGCAUAUUUAUUUUUAAGCUUGAAGGAAGUGUGGUGUUUGACUACUGCAAAUUUGAGACACCUUUUCAAAGUAGCACAUCACAAUCACCAGGAUGUGGGUAAUUGUGGAAGAUAAAGGCGUCAGCAUGCUUCAGUUCGGCUAGCACCUAGCCGAACUCAGCUUGGAGAACCGAAUGAGUGUGCUCGCAUACUCCCUUUGCUUGAUAAAAGCGACAAUAGUAUGGUUUGUCCAUUUUGAGUCACUAGUUGUAUACACUUCCUCAAACUAGUCAGAAUAACUAAAAAAAACGUUCAUUCAUUUGUAUGUUUUUGCCAAGGAGAUCUUAGUCGUGCAGUUUUACAUUUAACUGUUUGGUGCAGUAUUUUUCAAUUAGAUUUUUUUCAUGAAAACGAGUCAUCUCGUUGAAUGACAAAGACUUCAUUGAAGAAUCCCUACUGUUGACCAAUCACCGACCAAGAGGCGUAGACUUCGGCUACUGACUUUGGCUUGCCUCUAGAACAUUGUUUUGUGUGUCCGAACAGCCGAAAAAACCUUAAUUGAAGUCCACAACGAACAAAAACAUCCCAGUGCCGUCAUUAUAUAUGCACAAACUGUUUUAGCUGGGAAGCAUGCAGAUGCCUUUUAAAAGCACAAUCAGGCCUUUGACAGCAAUUAUACAAAAAGAGGCAUGGGGCGUUGUUGCUAAGGCAAAGUCACAUUUGAUGGGAGACCGAUUCAGAUGCAAGAUUGUCUGUUGGACCGACUGACUGUUACCUUAUCAUGCACUCACAAAGUCAGUCUGAAGGGUUGAAUCUGAAUAUACUUAGUGUCUUUUUGUAUGUCAUUGUCUUACGUCAGAUAGCGUGACUAAUCGUCUGCACUGAGUGUCAGUUGGGGGACGAGUAACGCGAAUGCGUGAUGCCACCUGACGUAAGACAAUGCUUGUAUGUUUCAUGAUGAACAUUCUGAACAAUCAGCUUGUGCGGUGUUCAAUAAACCUCAUGAGUGGAAGAAAAUGUACUUUUGUAUCACCUAGA